GUACAAGGCCGGCAGCGGGAUAAACGAGAGAACGAAAAUAUGAGUCUGUUAGAUAUGCCAAAGGAUUCAUGGGGGCAGUUUCGCAAGGCAUGGAGUAUGCUUUAGGAGUCGGAGAGCGCAACAAUUAAGUAUCUGGUGGGCCGAAUGGUGAGUGAGCAAACUGGAGUGAGAAUCAGAGAAGAAUGGCGUAACAGAGGUGGAUAGACUUAAAGCAGUCACUACCUAGUAACGUCAUUUUCUACAGCCCUUUCACACUUUACAAAUACUUUGGCAACUCUGGCCUUUUGCCUCCGGUCAUCCAUUCCACUGACCUCCUCGCCGCUCGCCGCUCGCCGCUCGCCGCGACUUCAUUUCACCUUCUUCCCUCCGCAAACCAGAAGCGACCAUGCCACCGCCGUUUGCAAGUGAGAGGCUUCGAAGACUUCUCAGCCAGAUUAGCUGGGAUAGACAGUUUGUCUUGGACUGGCUCAAGAGCUCCAAAGUCGCCCCGCACCUCAAGGAGUUCGCCGAGCUCUUCUCCGCGAGCGAAGAGCGCUGCCAGACGUUUGAGCAAAAACUUGCAAAAUACGCCUCCGAAGCUCAUGAAGGCCACGAAGACCCGAUUGCCCACCUUGUCUGGAAGCUAAAAUAUGCUGUUCAAAAGCAGUACAAAAACAAGGCACUUAAAGACGGCUUUCUGGGCGCCAAAAGCAAUGAGCUGCAACACCUCAACUGGAAGGAUAUCCUUUCACGAAGUGCUAUGAUGUUGGUUCAUCAUGGCCAACGAGCUGUAGACAGCCCGUUCAAGGGGCUUGGUCCAGCCGGCCGUGACUGGUGUUUUGAGGUAGCUAUCACAACGCUCAUCACUGUCCAUGAGGAUUUGCAGCGCGAGGACUCGCAUUUUUUCAGUGACCUCUUCAGCAAGAUUCCCCAUGUUGAGGGUGUUGCCGAUGUAACUGAGGCUGGAGCUGCACAAGAGAAUGGGAGUGAAGCCCAGCAGACUGUCAGUGAGCCAUCCGCCACUCAUGAUAAUCGACCUCAUUACGAUGGAUAUACGGUGCCACCUGCUGUUUCUCUGAUGGGGAUCGACGGCGAAGGCGCAAGUCACGACGCACCUGCCUCAGAGAGCCUUUCCACAAUGACCUCUGGCAGGUACCCUCAGAUCGUUAACCUCACGAGCAGUCCGUUAUCUCAAGGUAACACUGGCGAUACCACGAACAUCGCUACUAGAAAACAUAACCAUCUUCUACAAGACGACACCAUGAUCAUCACUACCAGAGAACAUGAUCAGCUUCUACAAGACAAACACGAGCUGCUAAGGGCAAAAAUACAACUCCGCCAACGCCUUGAACAGCAACAAACCACCAUUGAACAGCUGCAACAGCAGAGCCAACAUGAGGAGGCGGAGCAUGAGGAGAAGUUACUUCAAACCGUCGACCAGUACAACAAGGUUAUCAGGAAGAUUAAUGAAGAGAACAAACAAUACAAAGAGAAAGCGUCCAAGUACAAUGCAAUAGCUCGGAUGGUCAAUAGCUCAGGAUAA